CCCUCCCGCAGCUCUUAGUGCCCAUCAGCUCCAGCAUCGCUGUUGCAGGGUGCGUCCCGUUUUGGUGCCAUUUUACGCGCCCGGCUCUUUCGCUGCCGACUUUUAAUCAUGCUCACCCCCUCUCGUCCCUCAUCGCCUUUCCGAUGGCCUGAACCAGCGACCAACUCUUCCCGGCCUUGCAUCUUGGACAUCGACAACCGCUAAUCCGUUGGCGUCGUCCUGAGAGUCUCUUCGCCAGCGCCGCUCGUCCAUCUCUCAUCCUCAGGAGUCCUCAGGAACUACUUACUCGGUGCCGCAUGACCAGUAGAGUACCUGCUUAGGAAACGAGCAAAGCAAAACUUCGCAACUAUUUUGACGGCAAAAAGGUCCCUCGACAUUUUCCCACCGAGCCGCCAGCAAAAUCCCCGUCUCUGAUAUGACCGAAUCACCCGACUACAGCCCUCGCAAGGAAGCACACAUGCCAAAGCCAACCUACAAGUUCCUCAAGAGGAAGUGGCCAGAUGUGUCGCGCAAAGCCAUUCUCUGGCUGAUGCCGCUCGAGCUCAUCGGCCUCAUUCCUGCCCUCGUCAUCUUUGGCAUUGCGCAGCCCGAUCUCUACCGCACGAAAAUGUGGCGCAUCGGCUGGGACAACAGACUCAACUCGAACCCAGACAUGAUCAUUUACGCCAUUGCCAACUUCAAAUCGCCUCCCUCGGUGCCACUCAUUUGGUCUGUCGUCUUGACUGACCUCAACGUGGCUAUUUCCGUCAUCUCUCUGUUUUUCCUUUUGGCUAGGCUGAUUGCCUACAUCAUGAAGCUGUGGUAUCCUAUCUUCUCGCUCUUCUUCAGCCUUGCCUUGACAGCACUCUACGCAGCUAGCACCUAUGGACAGGUUGGUCCGGACUACGCGGAUCCCCGAUACCCAGCGCCGGCAGCUUGGUACUUCCGAUUUGGCUGUGAUUUGGCAAAGCCAUACAAUGCCUUCACAUCGUGCAAAAUUGCACAGGGAUCGCUCGUCAUCACUCUCUACAUGCUCACGCUCUACUUGCUCAACCUAGGGUUCACGUGCUACGCCAUGUAUCCCAACAAGAUCAACGACAUUGUCGACGAAGAGGAAGAGGAUGACAUGUAUGCCAUGCCGUCAAACGCCAGCCAGUACAGCCCGGAAUAUGGCAUGUCGUCUCCAAUCAGACUUCAGGACUCACCAUUCACUCCCCGCACACAAGCUUUCCACACACUCGACAGAAAGCUUCCUCUGCAGGCAUCAAGUGCGCCAAAAUAUUAACUCCAUGCUAUCGGAGCUCAAAUGUACAUUUUUUCAGGUUGAAACGGCUGGCUGAAAGCUACAUCGCACUCCGCUGCCCGCGGGGACCGGCCAGCGGCUAAGAAUUGGGGGCGUUAACAAAUGUGUUUUUACUUCUCUCAUUGUCAUGAUUUUUUUCAGGAGGUUUCCUUGUGAUUAGCUUUGGUUGAAAUGAACAGGUAUAUAUUACAUUUCCUACACAGCAUGAAUUUUCAAUCCAUCCCACUCGAUCGAUAACCCAG